AUGAAGGCAGCAGCAGCAGCAGACUCAAGCCGCAGCAGCGGCACUCCCCCGGAUGCGCAGCAGCCUGACGCUGCAGCAGCAUCACAGGGACCAUUGCCAUCAGAAGCAGAAGCAGCAUCAGCAGCUGCAGCAGCACCUCCAUCACCUCUUACCCCCUUUAAUACGCAGCAACACACACAGCAGCAGAAAGAGUUUGCAGCAGCGAACGUGUACAGUCCUGCUUCUCUGUGGCUGCUUUCUCCUAGUUUAAGCGGGGCAUCAGCAGCACCUGCAGCUGCAGCUGCAGGAGCAGCAGCAGCAGCUGUUAGUGCGCAGCAAACUGGAGCAGAAGGAUGUAACUCAGGCGCGCAAGAAGCCCCCUUCUGGCAGCAGCAGCAGCAGCACAUGCUGCUGCAGCAUGACAAUGCUUUGGAGCUCCAGUUCCCGAAGCUAGUGCAGCAGCAGCUGCAGCAGCUGCAGCUACAACAGCUGAUACAGCUGCAGAAGCAGUUGCAGCAGCAGCUGCAGCACCAAGCUCUGCAGCAGGCUUCGCAGCAGCAGCAGCAGCAACUGCUGCUGCGCGCACAGCCAGACAGUAGAAAUAGUACAGCUCAUGAGUGCGAACAAAAUUUACUGCUGCAGCAGCUGCAGCAGCUGCUGCAGGGAGAAAGGAUGGAGGGCGCAGCGUAUAUGCCCUCUAGCUUCCCCCCUAGCAGCAGCAAGCACGCAAAGAAGCAGCGGCAGCAGCGGAGGCAGCGGCAGCAUCGGCGUAGGCAUCAGCAGGAACAGGAACAGCAGCAGCAGACGCAGGGAGCGGCACACCAAGAGCAGCAGCAUAUACAGCAGCAGCAGCACGACUCACAGAGGCGGGAGGAGCAGCAGCAGGAGCAGCAGAGGCAGCAAGCAUGCGCUGCAGCAGAAGAGGCCCUCCUUAUGUUAGUAGAUGCUCCAGCUGCUAGCGGGUGGCGUAGUCAGCAGCAGAAGCAGCAGCAGCAGCAGAAGCAGCAGCACAAGCAGAAGCAGCAGCAGCAAAAGCAGCAGCAAAAGGACAGUGUGGGUCAGGAGGCAGAGCAGCUGGACCCACAGCAAGCGCUGCAGCAGCUGGUGGUGAUGCCGCAGCGGCUGCAGCAGCUGCAGCAGAAGCAGCAAACUGGCGGCAGCGGCAGCAGCGGAAAGCAGGGCUUUAACAGGAGAAGCAGCAGCACACUGAGCAGCAGCACAGCAGCAGCAACAGGCAGCUGCAGCAGCACGGGUGGCCGCAACAGCACAAGCAGCUUAACAGCAUCUGCUGCUUCUAUGCCUGCUGCUGCUGCUGUUGUUGUUCCUGCUCUUGUUUCUGGGAGCAGCAACAGCAGCAGCAGCAACAGCAGCAGCAGCGCAACGGGUGAGGCUGGUGAUGUAUCGGAUGUGCUUCCUUUGCUGCUGGGCAUGUCUUUGGGUACUAAGGCAGCAGCAGCAGCAGCUGCUGCUGCUGCUGCUGCUGCUGCACCACCACCACCACCAGGAUCCGCGAAGGGUCCCUCUUCCUCUUCUUCCCCCGGGCAUUCAUUCCCCUCUGGCCGUAGCCACAGCCACGCCACCCCCAGCAGCACCAGCAGCAGCAGCAGCAGCAGCGGCAGAUCACGUCCUUCUUUAUCUCUUCCUUCGCUGCAGCAGCGCAUGCAAAAAACAAAGAUGUGCCGCUUCCAUUCACAGGGCUGCUGCAGCAAGGGGCCCCUGUGUGUCUUUGCUCAUGAUGAGAAGGAAUUAAGAGAAAGACCUAACUUAUUAAGAACUCGUCUUUGUCCUUUUAUGCUGCUGCAGCAGCAAUCAGCAGCAGCAGCAACAACAACAACGGCGGGUGGGGGUCCACCCAAGGAUGGGGGGCCCCCACCCCCUCCUGGUGUUCCUGCAGAGGGGGGAUCGGGGGGUGGGGCCCCACACCAAGUAGUUGGGGGCCCCUCCUCCGCCGCCCAGCAACAGCAGCAGCAGCAGGGGGCCCCCAAGGGUGCCCAUCAGGGGCCUCCUGUAGGUUUGCCCAUGGGGAAGCAGAAUUAA